GCUGCAUUAUAAAGGAGUAUUCUGGAUUUGUUCCAACGCAGUCCUUGUGACAUCAGAAAAUAAGAAAUAGCGCAUAGUAAUAGCUUCUUUCUUCUAUUCUCUCCUUUUUUGGGUACUGUCUCGUCACAGAAAAGAAUUAGCCGCAAUAAUUUUCUAGAAAGAGACGUUUCUUAGAUCAAGAGGCAGUCUAAUUCGUCUUAAAGUAUGGAUUUUCCGGGAUUUAGAAAAAAUUUUGCGACUUCAGAACUUUCAGAUUAUAUGCGAAGUGAGUUCAAUCUGGACGACAUUACUGUGGGGCGCUUACUAGACGAGGAAAUAGACGGUUUGGCGCUGUUGGAACUCACAGAAUUAGACUUACGCGAGCUUGGAAUAAGAAAAAUGGGAACACUUAAAAAGAUACAGCUUCUAAUUCGACAGAAUUCAGCCCCAGGCCAGCAGCAACAACCAAACAAUAGUUUUUCGAGUCCUCGGCAGUUUCCACAGUCAACCCCUAACCGCGUUUCUUCAGAAUCUCAAAUAUCUAAUGCUGUUUUUGAAGUCAUGAAACGAAUUGGAACUAUUCAAAACAAUCCAAAAUUUGAGGUUCAGGAGAACAGCUUCGUCCCGCCUCUCUCACCCGUGGCUCAAAUAUCGAGUACCACGCCCUUUGUUCCCGACCCUGUGGACAUAAAACCAGUAAUUGACUUGACAGAACAAUCGCCCUCAACUUCAACUCCCUUUGUUCAAAAUCCAGCAUCUCCAGCAGACGUGCCUGAGGUUAUAACGUUGAACAUAGCAAAUGCUUCGACCCCUAUAAAUCCAAAACAAGCUAAACGUAGUAAAAAUGAACCUAGACGUUAUACUCUCAAAGACUCAUUUCCUGAUAGCAAUAACACGAGCGAGAGUUCAAGACCUAAGCGGAAAUGCAAAUAUCCCCUCACAUAUGACAUACUAGACAGCCACUACUCGUGUUCGAAUGAUACGACUUCGUGUGAAAAAAGUCCAUCAAUUACGAUUCAACAGAACAACAAACCAACUUCCAGCGAAGAUUUACCGCGUAUACUAAAUGUGACGUCAUUGGAACAUAAAAAGAUGAAACUCGAAAAGGUUUUAAAUUCUGGAUACAAACUUCCAGAAGGAGUAACCUUUGAGAACUUAGAUCUUCGGAAAGAGAUUGCCAAGAUUCAAGGCUAUCAUUUAAUAAUAAAAGACCUAAUUCGAGAUGGCCAAAUAAACAGAUCAGUUCACAGAAGAUUUGUUCAGGUUGCGGUUUCGAUAAUGAAUAUGCUGUCGGAGAGAAUUGGAUACAAGAAAUACUACCCACCAAGUCACCACAAGACCCAGAUGGCUCGUGCAAUUAUCCGAAGUUUUCCGAACCUUGCCGCAACAGACAGUACUCGCCCUGCUUUUGCUGCUUACUACGACGCUAAAGCACGAUCCGGUUUUAUAGAAAAUCGGUUCAAAACGUUGCGACGGGCCUCGAUCAUCGAGAAAAAGCGUACAGGCCGAGAACUGAAAUGAUGGAGACGCCUAGUAUCUAUUAAUGAAGAUUUAGAUCAGUGAUUUUCAACCUAUGGGGUGGAGAAACCCCAAUUAAAGAUUACAGAGGAUCGAUCUCGAAGAUUAUAUUUUCGGCCAUAUAAUGUGAAACAACAGUUUGACGCAGAACACCUCAAGGCUUUCAUGGAACACUAGUAAAAUAGGCUUAAUAUUUAUACCCUCAUAUUUGACAACACCCCACGUAUUUGAUCAUAUUUAAACAAAAUAUAGAGUGUCGAUGAAGUCUUGAAAUUUUCUAAAAUUACAUAUGGAAUUUACCGAUACGAUAUAUUGUUUUGGUGUAUAUGUAUUAAAUGAAGUAAAAUACUUGAACAAUUAUUCAAAAAAAAAAGAAAAAUAAAAGUUAAGAGAACUGACUUCAUAACCAACUUGAAAUUGUAAAGGGACUUUGUGGACACUCUGUACGAAAACUCCAAUAGUUGUCUUGUUCAGUGCCCGUAUGGGGCGGGAGAAAUGUGACAUUUGAAAAAUGUAACGCUCUCAAUUAAUCACAUUUCCAAGCUUGCAAUUCUAAUGACAUUUUAAUUUUUUAUUGAACUAAUUUGUUUGGGUACUACUGUUAGAAAAUCUUUUAAUGGGCAAUUUUUCCAAAUUGUCAAAAACAUGCCUCUUUUGCCCCAAGCGGCAGACUUUUUAUCGCUUAUAAAUUGAAAUUAAAAUGAUCAUCGUGUUGGAAUGGUGACAUGGUCUACAGAAAAAUCAAAUUGAAUAUCGAAUACUGUAUUGUAAUGAGUUCUCCAGACACGUAAAUCACUGAAAAUAUAAAAUCCAUCGCUCAAGUAAGUUCGCUGAGCGUUCAAACACAAUGAGAAACAUAUUUCAGCAAUACAUUACCUAGGAAAAACAAGUCAUAUGUCCGAAUUCGAUUGUAAAUAUAUGGCUUCAAUAAAGAAAUUUGUAGCAUUCACCUCUACAUUAUGCGGACAGGAAAAAUAGCCUACAAUAUGGCAGCGAUUCGAAAUUUUCGUCUGAACCUAUUCGAACAAUUUACCAUUCGAUUCGAAAUGCCCUUUCACUGUCAUUCUAUGCGCUUACAUCUGCGAAUACUUCAAAAAUGUCAACCUAUUUUGUGCAUAUGAACUGGAAAAAGUACUCUUUGAAAAGUGUAUGAAGACUAACGCUGUAGGACAAAUGUUAUGCUGCAUUACAUCCAUAAUUGUUCUAAACUUUGCUACAUUUUUACGCUAUGUGCUAUUUUCAUUAAGCUUUUCAUUCCUAUAUUCUGCCUCAUAUGUAUCACUGUCUUUUAUUUAUA